GAGGCGUACGCCAACGCCAGCCAACGCCAACCAACGCCAGCGUAGCCAAGGCCAAGCGUAAGCGAGUCGUAGAGGAGAAAUCGCCGAAAUCGGACAAGUCGCAACCGCACGUUCGCCGUCGGAGUUUCCGAAAAAGUGUGUCCGCGGCUGCAGGGCAGAAAGAAAAGCUGUUGGCGAGUUUUCGCGACUUUUGCGCGAAAGGGACCACCACGUUUCUGUAUUUACACCGUGUGAAAUCGCCGCCGUGUGAAAUCGAAGCGAUGAGCGUGCACGUUGCGGAGAAAAAGGGCAGUGCGCUCAGAGGCUCCAACGGGCUGAUCGCGACUUUGGAAAACGAGGACGAUGACUGGCAAAAAGGACAGAACCUCCUGCUGGUCGCGCAGGACACCCAGGGCAAGGAGCUGAUCGGCCUGACCGAUAAUCAAACCGUGGAUACCUAUUGGUUGCUAGAACUUGCUCACAGGGAAUAUCAAGCAGGAGAUUACGAGAACGCUGAAAGACACUGCAUGCAGUUAUGGCGGCAGGAGACAAACAACACUGGUGUUCUCCUCUUACUUUCCUCCAUACAUUUUCAAUGUAGGAGAUUAGAAAAAUCGGCACAUUAUAGUAGCUUAGCGAUAAAGCAAAAUCCAUUGCUGGCGGAGGCAUACAGCAAUUUGGGAAAUGUAUAUAAAGAGCGCGGACAGCUUCCGGAAGCGUUGGAGAAUUAUCGUCAUGCUGUCAGGCUAAAACCCGACUUCAUCGACGGUUACAUCAACUUGGCCGCGGCACUUGUAGCGGCUGGUGACAUGGAGCAAGCCGUCCAAGCCUACGUUACAGCACUACAAUACAACCCCGACCUUUAUUGCGUGCGGAGUGAUCUUGGUAAUCUUUUGAAAGCAUUAGCAAGACUUGAUGAAGCCAAGGCCUGCUACUUGAAGGCGAUCGAGACACGACCGGACUUUGCGGUUGCUUGGAGUAAUCUCGGAUGCGUGUUCAACGCGCAAGGAGAGAUAUGGUUGGCGAUACACCAUUUCGAAAAAGCGGUUGCCUUGGAUCCCAACUUUCUGGAUGCAUACAUCAAUCUUGGAAACGUAUUGAAGGAAGCUAGGAUUUUUGACAGAGCUGUAGCCGCAUAUCUUCGCGCAUUGAAUCUUAGUCCUAACAAUGCCGUCGUACAUGGAAAUUUGGCAUGCGUUUAUUACGAGCAAGGGCUCAUUGACCUGGCCAUUGAUACGUAUCGUCGUGCUAUCGAAUUACAACCAAAUUUUCCUGAUGCGUACUGCAAUCUGGCGAACGCUCUCAAAGAAAAGGGACAAGUGGUCGAAGCGGAAGAAUGUUACAAUACCGCCCUCCGGCUUUGUCCCACACACGCAGACUCUCUUAAUAACUUGGCCAACAUAAAACGCGAGCAAGGCUAUAUUGAGGAGGCAACUCGCUUGUAUCUUAAAGCCCUGGAAGUAUUUCCUGAAUUUGCGGCCGCCCACAGCAAUCUCGCCUCUGUCUUGCAGCAGCAAGGCAAACUGAACGAGGCACUGAUGCAUUAUAAGGAAGCAAUUCGCAUACAGCCGACCUUCGCCGAUGCUUACUCGAACAUGGGAAACACGCUGAAAGAGAUGCAGGAUAUACAAGGUGCUCUACAGUGCUACACUCGGGCUAUCCAAAUCAAUCCGGCCUUCGCUGACGCUCAUUCCAAUUUGGCAUCAAUCCACAAAGAUUCCGGCAACAUUCCCGAAGCGAUUCAGUCUUACAGAACGGCGUUGAAGUUGAAGCCAGAUUUUCCAGAUGCCUAUUGCAACUUGGCACACUGUUUGCAAAUAGUAUGCGACUGGACUGAUUACGAAGCCAGGAUGAAAAAAUUGGUAUCUAUUGUUGCUGAGCAACUGGACAAGAAUAGGCUGCCUAGCGUGCAUCCGCAUCAUUCCAUGCUUUAUCCUUUGUCUCACGAGUUCCGGAAAGCUAUCGCUGCUCGGCAUGCUAAUCUUUGCAUUGAAAAAAUUCAUGUUCUUCACAAACAACCAUAUAAAUAUCCGCGUACAAUCGGCACGCGAUUGAAGAUUGGAUAUGUUUCAUCGGAUUUCGGCAAUCAUCCGACCAGUCACUUGAUGCAAUCGAUACCUGGCUUGCACGAUCGUGAGAAAGUCGAAAUCUUUUGCUAUGCACUUAGCGCAGAUGACGGCACUACCUUUCGUGCGAAGAUAGCGCGAGAGACCGAACAUUUUGUCGAUCUCUCUCAGAUUCCGUGCAAUGGCAAGGCCGCCGAUCGCAUAAACGCCGAUGGUGUUCAUAUUCUAGUGAACAUGAACGGUUAUACAAAAGGCGCCAGAAAUGAAAUCUUUGCCUUACGACCAGCACCGAUACAGGUCAUGUGGUUGGGUUAUCCUGGUACCUCCGGUGCAAGUUUCAUGGAUUAUCUCAUUACGGACGAAGUCACUUCGCCGUUGGAACUCGCCAGUCAAUACAGCGAGAAACUCGCCUACAUGCCACACACUUACUUUAUCGGCGAUCAUAGGCAAAUGUUUCCUCAUCUGAAAGAACGUUUAAUCCUGACGGACAAGUUGAAUCAUAAAGGCAAAGUUGCUGAUAAUGUGGCGGUAAUUAAUGCCACGGACCUGUCUCCGAUGAUUGAGAAUACUCUGGUAAAAGAGAUUCGCGAAGUAAUUGUGCCGGACGCAAAAAAGCAACCCGUUGAAAUUUCACUCAAAGUUGCCGAAUUACCGACUACAACUCCGAUCGAAACUAUGAUCGCUUCCGGGCAGUGUCAGAUGUCCGUGAACGGCGUUGUUGUUCAAAACGGUAUGGCCACAACGCAGGUAAACAAUAAAACUGCCACGGGCGAGGAGGUACCUCAGAAUAUUGUCAUCACAACCAGACAACAGUACGGUUUGCCGGAAGAUGCCGUCGUUUAUUGCAACUUUAAUCAAUUGUAUAAGAUUGACCCACUUACUCUUCACAUGUGGGCACAUAUAUUGAAAAAUGUACAAAAUUCCGUGCUGUGGUUGCUACGUUUUCCGGCGGUCGGCGAGCCCAAUCUUCAAGCAACGGCGCAACAGUUGGGACUGGCGCCCGGCAGAAUCCUAUUUAGCAAUGUCGCUGCUAAAGAAGAACACGUGAGACGUGGGCAAUUGGCCGACGUAUGUCUAGAUACACCUCUCUGUAAUGGACAUACGACCAGUAUGGAUGUUUUAUGGACUGGAACACCAGUGGUUACGCUACCGGGAGAAACUCUAGCCUCUCGUGUCGCAGCUAGUCAAUUAAACACUCUUGGUUGUCCCGAAUUGGUAGCACGAACCCGGCAGGAAUAUCAAGAGAUCGCUAUUAGACUGGGCACCGAUAGGGAAUACUUGAAAGCAACAAGGGUCAAAGUUUGGAAGGCUCGAUCAGAAAGCCCAUUAUUUAAUUGCAAGCUAUAUGCCAUGGGCAUGGAAAUGUUGUAUACAAAAAUGUGGGAACGUUACGGGCGUGGAGAAAAUCCUGAUCACGUUUCAGCUAUCGAUAAGAACGAUGGUCAAAAGUCAUCGAGCAUGUCUUAAAAUAUUUGACGUUUACUUACUCAGCUUCAACUUUGCGAUUAAUGAUUUCUCUUUAAUGGAAGUUUUAGCAUUUGCAAUCAUGGUUAAUGUAUCUAUUUCCAACGCGGUCUCGUAUAAAUUUCGUACAUCCCCUGCUGACUGUUUUGUAUGAUAAAUUCACGGAGCUUAGACUCUAGACGGUAGAUUAAUAUGUACAUUUAAGAUUUCAUACGAUAUUCGUAUUCCGUCUUUUUAUGAUUUUUUUAUGAUUAUUUGCGCGUUCAAUUAAAAAUCAGUUGAAUCGCAUUUUGUGAGGAAUCGACAAAAUUAUAGAAAAGUGGUUCACAAAUAUGUAAAAUUAAAAGAAGUGUUGAAAACGGUAGCAGUAAGAAAAUAUUGAUAUUAUCUGUAGAGAGUAUUUCCAAUAUUUUAUUUUUUUUAUUUUACUUUUCUGCAAAAUGACUGAUUUGCAUAAAAUAUUGGCGGUGGAUUUAUUGAAUUAUCAAAAAUCAUUGAGAAAAGAAAAGCAUCUUAAUGCUCUAAGCUCCAAGAAUUUUAGGGAAUUGUAAACAUUGAGUAUCUUAAAAAUAAGCAUCAAAUACUUAAAAAAGAGUUAAUAAAUGAAAAAUUUUCAUCUUAACAGUAUUUAUAAUUUUAUACAUCACAAGUUACAUUAUACACGAUAAACUACAAUUGAAAAUCCACUGUUGUACAUUUUGCUUAUGUUAUUGCAAUUGUCGCAUAAAUUUGAUGAAUAUAUAAACAUGCUAUCGAGAUAUUUAUCCUCGCUUUCUGUAGGCGACCUCUUCACGCAGAAAUCUGCGCAUGUGAUUUGCUAAAGAAUGCAAGGAUACUUAACAAAGAUUAAAGUUAAUAGAAUUUCCUCUAUACUUUAUCAUAUCGUACUCUUUCCACUUUCACAAAAGAUAUAAAGGUUGCAAAUUUUCAUCUUUAAAAUUUACAAAAUUUUUAAAUUUUGAAAGUUUUGAGAGUUUCUGAAAAGCAAAAAGCCAAAAAAGGUUAAAAUGCAAAAAAUUUGCAAAGUCUUACCACUUCAAAUUCCAAAAAUUGAAGUUGCCAAGGGCCCAAUAAUUCAAAUAAAGAACUAUCACAAAUCUCUUUAAAUUCAAAUAUCUAUUUAAUGAAAUUCCUAAGGAUAUAAAAAUUAUGAGUUGCUAAAAACCUUAGAGAUAAGUGAAUUGAUAGAAUUUAUGUGAAAACAGAGAGAAAGAGAAAAUUCUGCAAAAAAUGUAUCUAAAAAACUACAAAUAUAAAAAUUUUGACAAUUAAAUGCAAAAGCUGAAUAUCGAAAUAAUUUUGCCAGCACUCAGUAUCACACAUACUUUUAUUUUAAUAAAAUAAUACUGUUAAAAACUUUAAAAAAUGAUCCAUGUUUGAUGUGCGUGCAUGUGUAUGCGCACGCAGGUGUGUGUAUGUGUGUGUAUGGCUAAUGUCAGCAAAAUUAAGUUUUAUUUGUAAAAAUAUACAUGAUACAAUUAUUAAUAAAGUUAUUUUGAUAUUCAGUUCUUUGAUUGAACACAUUCUACUAUCUCCAUUGUUGGGAUCCUUUAAACGUCUGAAAAAUAAGAUGAUGCUUAACGAUCACGGACAACAUAUGACACCUGUAUUAUAUCAAAAGACUAAUAAUAAUGUAUCUGUAAAUAUUAAGAAUAAUUGUUAAUUAUUUACAUUAGUUCAAUAGUGGAUAUCGUACGAUAUGCGGUACUGACGAAAUAUGUAGAGAAAUAAAAAAUGAUAGACUGUAGCAAAUUCUGAUUUAUGUAUAGAGAAUAAAAGCGAUGAACGAAACGAUCUUUCACAGUUUGUGCGUCGGUAUUGUACAUCCUGUGGUUUGAAACAUUUGUGUCGAUUCUUACAUCAACACAGUAGUGUAGUAAUUUUAAUCGACAGAACUGUAUUUCGAUGGGCAGCGAGUACCAAGGAAUAAUUACGUUCUUAAUGUAAUAAUCGCUCAAGUAUGACUGUAUUAUAUUUUCAAUAUGCUCUAAAUUUAAUUAUAAUCCAUCGUUGUAUUUAAUUUAAUUGAAUAAAUAUGGGUUAUGAGAAUUACCAUGAA